AUGAUGACAUGGAUGCCUUGUGUCUCCUCGGCAGAAAAUGCAGGCACCAUCCAGCUCACGGUGCUCUUGGGCGAGUUUGGUGAUACAACGCCAUUGCAGGGAGCCAACGUGAAGUGUUACGAUCAGGAUGGUUCCGAGCGUACACCCAUGACGAGCACAGUGACAACAGACAUGGAUGGAGUGGCCAAGUUAGACUAUACAAUCAAGCACCUCAGUUUUUACAAGAAAGGAAAGUGGGACAGUGGAUUCUUCGAGGAAUCCCGAAAUCCAGAUAUAAUUUGCAAGGUCUCGUCACCCGCGGGAGCCGCCACUCCCAUCAUUUCUAUGUUUACAGACACCCAAUGGGACCGGAAACAGGAGGCUCUGGUUGAUUUGGGCACAAUUGUGGUUGCUCCGGACAGGAUCAAACGUGGCGAUGUGGGUGAUGCCAAUGGCUGUGGACCUGCAUUCUUUCCUGCGACUUUGAACAGACUUGCCGAAGAAAAGACCGGAAUGGGAGUUGGAUGUUCGAACCAUGACUAUUGCUAUGGCAACUGCAAAGGAGAAACGCAGAAGAGUUGCGAUGACGAAGCACGUCGAAUUUGGCGUUCCGAGUGUGAGAGGAAGUUGAAUGGAGAGACUACCAAAACAAUCUGCAAGGAAGGUCUGGCAGAGGCAAUGUACAUGGCCGUAACCAGUAGUGCCGGGACCAAGGCAUUCAAGGCGGACCAAGAAAAGUUCUGCGGCGGUGACGAUGAUGAAUACGACGACGACGACUGCGAAAACGAGUGCUGUAGAUCACUUACUUACUUAUAG